AUGGGCCAACAACAACACGGGACCAACAUUCAUCAUCGUCCUCAUCAUGCUUCAUCCACCGCGGGGGUUGGUGCUCAAAAUACAACCACAGCUACUGGAACGAGCAAUAAUGGAUCGGGCUCUUCCAUGACGAAUAUGAUGAUGAUGAUGAAUACAACUCAAGCAUCUAUUUGGAUGGAUGAAGAGUAUGAAAGAGUUCCGAUAGGAUCAUGUAUGGAUGAAAAAUUGAAAGUACAAAAUCCAUAUGUUUUCAAGGAUGUAUAUAUUGAAAAUUUAAUGCCGAGAAAGGCCAAGCAAGAGGAGACACCUGAAGCCAUACCAUCCCAUUGGGUGAUGAAAGGAUCUAAAUUAUUGGAAUUUAAGAAUCCUUGGGAUGGUUUCAAACAGCCUUCGACAAGUGAUGUUUUUAAAUUUCAGAGAGAAAUGGCUCUCAACAAACAAAUUAUUCCAUCAAAUGAUGAAUUACCUCAAAUCAAACCAAAUAUUAAUUUAUUGAAUAGUCCAGAUAUGCAAAGCAUUAGAGGCGAUGGUGCACAAGUGACCUGGAUUGGCCAUUCUACAUUCUUAGUCCAAUAUCGUGGUGUAAAUAUUUUGACAGAUCCAGUAUUUAGCGACAGAUGUUCUCCCGUGCAGUUCAUGGGCCCUAACCGUAUCAAACCACUGCCAAUUACUAUUGAAAAUCUACCAACCAUUCAUUUUGUAAUUAUAUCUCACAAUCAUUACGACCAUUUAGAUUAUUAUGCAAUAACUGCUUUACAGAAACACCAUGACCCAAUUAUUUUGUUGCCAUUCAGAAUGAAAUACGAUUGGAUGGAAAAGUUUUACUCUGAGAAAAAUCAUUCAGCUCUUUCAAAAUUGAAGUUGAUAGAGUUGGAUUGGUGGAAAUCUACCAGCUUCAAUGUGUCCAUGAGCACUGACAAAGAUAGCUCAGAACGUGUCGAAUCUAACUUUACAUUUACCUAUUUUCCAGCUCAACACUGGUCCAUGCGAUCUGGGUUUGACAGAAAUGAAGCUUUGUGGGGUUCUUGGGGAGUACAAUGUAGUUUUGUAAAUACCUCCCUCUCUGAUGCGUCGCAAACAAAGUCACAAUCCGAAUCGAUAGAAAAUACAAGCACCAAUGUGUGUAACACUCUUGAACUGACUGAAACAGUCAAGAUGGACACCAUUGAUAGCUGUCAGAGUCAAACAGAAGAGGCCAACAUGAACUCCAAUGAUAAUAUCAAGACAUACAAGAUGUGGUUUGCUGGAGACACUGGUUACAGUAAGGACUGUUUUACAGAAAUUGGAAAUCGUUUUGGACCAGUUGAUUUAUCAUUUAUUCCAAUUGGUGCCUAUGAACCAAGAUGGAUGAUGAAAUCCCAACAUAUUAAUCCUGAUGAAGCUGUUCAGAUUGCUCUAGAUAUCAAAUCCAAAAAACAAAUAUCAAUGCAUUGGGGCACAUUUAUCUUGACCACGGAACCAAUCAUGCAACCCAAGAAAGACUUGGAAGAAAGCUUGAAGCAACGUGGAUUGGACAGCUCAUUCUUUGUAACUAUGUGUCAUGGCGACACGAUGCUUGCCACGUCCAAUGAAAGUACAAGAUCAGUGGACAUCUCUACUCACGAAACGGUUGUUGAACCUGUCAUCCUAACUGAGACAAACGCAGUUAUUGAAGAAAAGAUUCAACAGAUGCCAUUAAAUUAG